GAGGAGAAUCCCUCCUGAGGAUCAGCUGGAGGCCCCCGCCGCCCGGGUCCAGGUGAAGCCAUGGAGGUGUUCCGGAGCCGGCUGCUGGGGAUCUCGGUGGCCGUGGCGCACGGCGUGUUCUCCGGGUCGCUCAACAUCCUGCUCAAGUUCCUCAUCAGUAACUACCAGUUCGGCUUCCUGACGCUCAUCCAGUUCCUCACCAGCUUCACGGCCAUGCUGGUGCUGGAGAGCCUGCGGCGGCUCGGGAGGAUCCAGGUGCCGCCGUUCGGCAUGCAGCUGGCCAAGGAGUUUGCGCCAGUCUGCAUCCUGUCCACGCUGCAGUCCACGCUGACGCUGUGGUCGCUGCGCGGCCUCAGUCUGCCCAUGUACGUGGUGUUCAAGCGCUGCCUGCCGCUCUUCACGCUCUGCAUCGGGGUGUGCGUGCUCCGGAACGCGCUGCCGUCUGUGGGCGUGGUGACCGCCGUGCUCAUCACCACAGGGGGCGCUGUUCUGGCAGGAGCCGGAGACCUCACCGGGGAUCCAUUUGGUUACGUCACCGGGGUUCUGGCUGUAAUCAUUCACGCCUCCUACCUGGUUCUGAUCCAGAAAACCAGUCUGGAGAGCGAGUAUGGACCUCUGACUGCACAGUACGCCAUCACCAUCAUGGCGUCGCCGGUGCUGCUCGUCUGCUCCAUCAUCUCCAUGGACGCCGUCAACAUGUGGUCCUACGAGGGCUGGCAGGAGCCCCAGAUCACCGUCAUCUUCAUCCUGUGCAUCUUCAUCGGCUGCGCCAUGAACUUCACCACCCUGCACUGCACCUACAUCAACUCCGCCGUCACCACCAGCUUCGUCGGCGUGGUCAAGAGCAUCGCCACCAUCACAGUUGGCAUGUUGGCCUUCAAGGACGUGGCGCCCACGCGGCUCUUCAUCGGCGGAGUGGUGGUGAACACCAUCGGCUCCAUCACCUACUGCGUGGUCAAAUACUUUGAAACGCAGAAGAAGAGUUUGUACGAGGACCUGGAGAAGGACGCGGCGCAGCCUGGAGACCCCUGCACCGAGAAACCCCCGCUGAACGGGGAAGGGUCCGCCGCCGGUCCCGAGCCGGGGCCGUCGGAGAGCGGAGACGGGAAAGAGGACGAGGUGCCUCAGUUAUCGAACGGAGCGCUGUCGGUGGGGGGGAGCGCCGGAGGAGACGGUGGCCUGAAAUCUGCUGUGAUGACGGAGAAAGAGGCGCUGGAGAUGCAGAGGGAGCACCUCCACCAGGAGAACCCCGCCGCCGGCCGGUCCGCCACCCAGAACCUCGUAGGAGCUUUGAGGUCCAUCAGGAGUCUGCAGCUCACCAAGAAGGAAAAUCUGAUCGAUAACAUAGAGCUUGAGAGUCCAUGAGGGCGGGAUGGAGACCCAAAAGGACUCUUGAGCCGAAACAGAAAGGAACUCAGCGGACAGACCGGACAGACCGGACAGACCGGAGGACGUCUUCCAUUCGCGUCGGCCCGAUUGACAAAUGCUUGAUGGUCUUGUUGGCUUCCCCCCUCUGCUGAACAUUUCACGUCCCAGACCUGCAGAACCAGGAGGCGUACUGACCGUGUCUCCAUGGUAACGAGUACCAAGCAGUUCCAGUUUGAGCCAGCAGGGGGCGGCGCAGAGCACGGCCUGCAUGACGCGGUCCGUUUCCCCGGUCCGGUUAGAACUGGACUGAACCCUGCAGCUCCGGUUUACUUUUCAUUUGCUUCCAUUUCAUCAUCAAAAUCACAAUAAUCAAAAUGAAUAUGUCGGUACCGGGUUCUGUUCCGUGUUCUUCGGGUCAUCCGGGUCACUGCUCAGAGGUUUGUCUGAUUACCUAAAAGAGCCAAAUGAAGUCAUAAAGUUAGAAAACUUAGAAAUUUGUUUCUAUGACGUUUUAUUUCUUUUAUUUUAGGUUUUAUUAAACUGUUUCUUCUUUCUGGUUUGGUUCUGAACUGAUGGUCUCAAAAUGCCAAAAAUGAUUUUUUAAUUUUAUUUGAUCGUUUUCAGUGUUUUAACAGCUGAGAAGGAAAAACUGAGUCACAACGAUUUGAUUUCCACUGUGGCCUUUUUAUUUGCUGUAAGUUUUUAAUAAAGCCUCAGACUCAAUAAGAGAACAACGUUUAAAUUUUUUUUUUUUUUGCUGUUUUAUUAUAAAUAUCAGCUGUUUAUAAGUUGUUUGUUGUGUGUAAUAUUCACUGAGUUCCUAUUAAAUGGCUGCCAGACUGA